GUAAGCCUGCCACAAGAUACUCGUGAGAUCCGCCGCCUCCAUCCCAAGCGCCUGUGUCUGGCAGAGCCGGUGUGAGAAGAAGAGACAAUCCUUCCCCGCCGCCGGGAUAAUCAAGAGUUUUGGCCGGACCUUUGAGUACACAUCGGGAUAGUGAGGAGCCCUGCGAAAAGCACAGACUAUGGCGCUGAAACGGAUUAAUAAGGAACUUAGUGAUUUGGCCCGUGACCCUCCAGCACAAUGUUCUGCAGGUCCAGUUGGAGAUGACAUGUUUCAUUGGCAAGCCACAAUUAUGGGACCUAAUGACAGCCCAUAUCAAGGUGGUGUAUUCUUUUUGACAAUUCAUUUUCUUACAGACUACCCCUUCAAACCACCUAAGGUUGCAUUUACAACAAGAAUUUAUCAUCCAAAUAUUAACAGUAAUGGCAGCAUUUGUCUUGAUAUUCUAAGAUCACAGUGGUCUCCUGCUUUAACUAUUUCUAAAGUUCUUUUAUCCAUUUGUUCACUGCUAUGUGAUCCAAACCCAGAUGACCCCCUAGUGCCAGAGAUUGCACGGAUCUAUAAAACAGACAGAGAUAAGUCCAACAGAAUAUCUCGGGAAUGGACUCAGAAGUAUGCCAUGUGAUGCUACCUUAAAGUCAGGAUAACCUGCAUUAUAGCUGGAAUAAACUUUAAAUUACUGUUCCUUUUUUUUAUUUUCUUAUCCGGCUGCUCCCCUAUCAGACCUCAUCUUUUUUAAUUUUGUUUUUUGUUUACCUCCCUCCAUUCGUUCACAUGCUCAUCUGAGAAGACUUAAGUUCUUCCAGCUUUGGACAAUAACUGCUUUUAGAAACUGUAAAGUAGUUACAAGAGAACAGUUGCCCAAGAUUCAGAAUUUUUUGUUAAAACUGGAGCAUGUGUAUUAUGUGGCCAAUGUCGUCACUCUAACUUGGUUAUGAGGCUAAACCAAUCCUCACUGCUCUAACAUGCUGAAGAAGCCAUCUGAGGGGGAGGGAGAUGGAUGCUCAGCUGUCACACCAAAGGGAGCAGCAUUAUUCUAGCAGCAUCCAUUCUUGUGUAAACCUUCCACUGUUAGAGAUUGAGGUUACAUGAUAUACUUUAUGCUCAUAACUGAUGUGGCUGGAGAAUUGGUAUUGAAUUAUAGCAUCAGCAGAACAGAAAAUGUGAUGUAUUUUAUACAUGUCAAUA